AUGGCUGCCGAGGUAAGCGGCGUUGGGAAUGUCGAGGUCCCCUCGUGGCUCAAAUCCAUGCCGGUGGCGCCGGAGUACCACCCGACCCUGGCCGAGUUUCAAGAUCCGAUUGCCUACAUUUUCAAGAUUGAGAAGGAGGCCGCCAAGUACGGCAUAUGCAAGAUUGUCCCGCCGGUCUCCGCAGCUCCCCGCAAAACCGUGGUGUCUAAUUUCAACAAAUCCCUUCUGGCCCGGUCAGCCGACUCGGGCUCCGGCCCGACCUUCACCACCCGGCAACAGCAGAUCGGGUUCUGCCCAAGAAAGCACCGUCCCGUGCAGAAGCCCGUGUGGCAGAGUGGGGAGAGGUACACCCUCGCCCAAUUCGAGGCCAAGGCCAAGAAUUUCGAGAGGAAUUAUCUCAAGAAGUAUCCAAAGAAGGGCCCGAAUGCCCUGGAGAUGGAAGCCCUCUACUGGAACGCUAUGGCUGACAAACCCUUUCGGGUGGAGUACGCGAACGACAUGCCGGGGUCUGCCUUUGUGGCUCAGAAAGCUGGCGGGAAGAGAAACGAGAGUGCGAUGAUGGUGGGAGAGACCGAGUGGAAUAUGAGGGGGGUUUCGAGGGAUAAUUUGUCUUUGCUGAGGUUUAUGAAGGAGGAAAUACCGGGAGUGACAUCGCCCAUGGUUUAUGUGGCCAUGAUGUUUAGCUGGUUCGCGUGGCACGUGGAGGAUCACGAUUUGCACAGCAUGAACUAUUUGCAUAUGGGAGCGGGAAAGACGUGGUACGGUGUGCCACGAGAGGCGGCUGUUGCUUUUGAGGAGGUAGUUAGGGAGCAUGGGUAUGGUGGAGAGGUCAAUCCUCUAGUUACAUUUGCAAUGCUUGGUGAGAAGACCACAGUCAUGUCCCCAGAGGUGCUCCUGAGCGCCGGUGUUCCAUGCUGCAGGCUAGUGCAAAAUGCUGGAGAAUUUGUUGUCACUUUCCCAAGAGCUUAUCACUCGGGAUUCAGUCAUGGAUUUAACUGUGGCGAGGCGGCUAAUAUUGCAACUCCUGAAUGGUUAAGAGUUGCAAGAGAAGCUGCAAUCCGUAGGGCAGCCAUUAAUUGCCCUCCAAUGGUGUCUCACUUCCAGUUACUUUAUGACCUAGCACUUGUGUUGCAUUCAAGAGUGCCAAAGAACGUUGCUGCAGAACCCAGAAGUUCCAGAUUGAAGGAUAAAAGGAAAGGCGAAGGUGACAUGUUGGUAAAAGAACUGUUUAUUCAUGACAUGUCACAGAACAAUCAUUUGCUUUGCACUCUUGGCAAAGGAUCGCCUGUGGUGCUUCUUCCCGAAGACUCCCUGAGUCGUUCGAUUUCCUCUGGCAAACCAGCCGUAAACCAGUUGACUGCAAAAUCUAGACUGUUCCCCAGUUUAUACGGUCAAGAUCUCCAUUUGAAACAUUCUGUGAAUAGAACAUCUGGGGAAGAGCAGAAGGUGGGGCCCGAAACAAAGAAAGGAGAUUCUCAAUGCGAGCAGGGCUUGUUUUCGUGUGUGACUUGCGGGAUUUUGUGUUUUGCUUGCGUUGCUAUUGUUCGACCAAUGGAUGUAGCCGCUUGUUAUCUAAUGUCAGCUGAUUGCACUGUAUUAAGUAACUGGGAAGCAAGUGAUAGUGACCACGUCAAAGAAGCUAAUGCUACUCACCGAGACCUUUAUUCAGAUGAGGAGAGUCCACAUGUUACAGCCCUGAAUCGUGAGGCACGUAAAGAGCCGUCCUCACUUGGCUUACUAGCUUUAGCUUAUGGAAAUUCUUCAGAUAGCGAGGGGGACGAAACUGACAUUAAUCAGUUAGAAACAGUCCAUCCGACUGAGGUCAAUCCUUUGAUCGAUAGCAUUAGACAUCAGAUGAAAUCACAACGCGACACCUCGAACUUGUUGACCCGUAAGACCGACACAAUGACUAUGGCUGAGCCAAAACUAUUGGAAGGCAUGAGUCCUGAUGAAGAUUCUUCACGACUGCAUGUCUUCUGCCUCGAGCAUGCUGUACAAGUCGAGAAAAGGCUCAGUCGGGUGGGUGGGGCCCAUGUGUUUCUUUUCUGCCAUCCAGACUAUCCAGAGUUAGAAUCCCGGGCCAAGAAAGCUGCUGAGGAAUCAGGAACUGAGUGCACGUGGAACCAGACCCAUUUCCGAGCGGCCGAUGAAGAAGAUGACGAGAUAAUAUGGCUGUCUCUAGAAAACGAGAACGCCAUACACGGCAACAGGGACUGGGCCGUAAAGCUGGGAAUCAACCUCUUCUACAGCGCCAGCCUCAGCCGCUCCCCUCUCUAUUCCAAACAGAUGCAUUACAACUCGGUCAUCUACAAGGCCUUCGGACGAAGGUCCCACACGGACACCUCACAGGAAGUGAAGGGAGGCAGGCAGAAGAAGGUUGUUGUUGCCGGAAAAUGGUGUGGCAAAGUCUGGAUGUCCAAUCAGGCCCAUCCUCUGCUCGUCAACAAUGAUGAUGAUCACGAUCCGGGCUCGGGGACUGAUUUCGAGCGCGAAACGGGCUUUUGGGCUGGGCGGGCUAACAAAAUCCAAGAUGAAUCCCCUUUACUCUUUUCGCUCGCCAGUUGUCACAACAAGCAAGUCAAGAGAAAGCGGGGGUCUAGAAGGCCGAAGGAGGAAAGUCCUGUCCCGGAAGGUCCUGACGAAUCUUUCUCCGAGAAAGACAGCGACUCGUGCGAGGAAAUUAAGAGCGGCAGGAGCAGAAGGAAGCUGCCGAGGAGCGAGGCGAAAAAACAAGCUUUUGGGUCCUUAAACAGGCCCGGAGAAGGAUUCUCGCUCGGCAGCAGCUGCAAGAGCAAACGUGGGGCAAGAAAGCCACCGGCAAAGAAGGACACAGCCACGAAAAAUCAAAAGAGAAGCAAGAAGGAGCACGAGGACCCACCCACGGACGAUGAUGAAGACGAUGAGGCUGAAGGUGGUGGGCCCAGCACGCGGCUGAGAACUAGGCCCAAGCCCACUCCUAAAGCUUCGCGGCUGAAGGCGAGUACUAAAGAUUCCGGGCCCAAGCCGAGUAAACCAAAGAAGAGUAGUAUUAACAAGUCGAAAGUUAGAUAUGAGGAGGAAGAGUACGAGUGUGAUAUGGAGGGAUGCACGAUGAGGUUCGGGUCAAAGCACGAGCUUUCCCUACACCAAAAGAACGUGUGCCCAGUCAAAGGGUGUGGCAAGACCUUCUUCUCCCACAAGUAUCUUAUCCAGCACAGGCGGGUCCACGUGGACGAGCGCCCGCUCAAGUGCCCAUGGAAAGGCUGCAGGAUGACGUUCAAAUGGGCUUGGGCAAGGACAGAGCAUAUCCGGGUCCAUACCGGGGCCCGGCCUUAUAUCUGCACCGUGGCCGGGUGUGGUCAGACAUUCAGGUUCGUGUCGGAUUUUAGCCGUCACAAGCGCAAGACGGGCCAUGCUCCGAAGAGAGCAAGAGGAGGGUGA